AUGAAAAGGAGUUAUAACCAAAAGAGUGAAGACUGUCCAGACGGCUCUAUCGAGAAUCAGCGCCCAACCGCGCAGUCCGGCUGGCCGAGAACGAAUGUUCCGCUCGGCCAAAUAUCCGUCCGUCUGAAGUCUCGGCCAAAGUUCAAACCACCGGCCGAUCACGCAUCACGACCCGGGAAACAUGUCCCGCGGUCGGCCAAGCCAACCACUCACGCCAGCCGCGCACGACCAUGCGCGCGAGCCGGGAACAAGCCUCGCGGCCGCGCAACCUUCGCGUACCACGGCCGAUGCGCCGUCCGAGCCGGGAAAGACGUCCCGCACGUCCGAGAAACAUCGGCCAAUCUUCAUCCGUCCGACCACAGCCGGCCGACCGUGAAUCGGCCACGACCGUUCCGAUCGUUCCGACACGCCACGACCCGAUGUCCGGCCGAUCGUCCCGACCGACCGUCCAACGCCGCGGUCGACCCGAAGCCCGUUUUGAAGCCCGUUUCACUAUUUUCAAGGCCCGGCUUAACCCUAAGCCGCCUCUGA